CAUACUAAAAUUUUCAGCAAGGACCUGUGAGACUGCCUUCUGGAUGCUUUCACCUGCAUGCUCCAUUCUCCUGCUUCUUAUUCUCAAAUCACUUCAGGAUGAGAACAGGAUCCUAUUAACAUCUUAUCGAGGGAACCAUGAUGCUUCAAUACUUGUCUCCCAUGGCUUCGCCAUUGCCGGCCUUCGCAGAGGUUGCCCGGGGCCCAGCUAGAUUUCCUAGCAUUCAAUUGUGGGUGGCAUUUGUUGCAGGUGUAGCAGUUGCAUUAACUGGCUUAUGUGUAUACUUCUGCAUCAAGAGGGGCUACUUCAGAAGAAACAAGAAGAAUAAUGCUUCUGGAUGUGAUCAGAACAGUAGACAGGAAAAGGUAGAACUCAGGCGGUUCCGUCUUGCUGAACUAGAGAAGGCCACCAAGUCUUUUGGUAACGAGUGCUUACUUGGAUCGGGUGCCUUCGGGGAUGUUUACGAGGGCAUUUUUGAUUCAGAAGGAACUCUUGCUGUCAAGAAACCACAUGCUGAUUCAUAUCCAAGUACUCAAGAGUUCAGAAAUGAGGUGGAGCUGCUUUCGAGGGUCAAGCACAGGAAUCUUGUUGGUUUGGUUGGCUAUUGUGAUGAAGCAGAUCAAAAGAUAUUGGUUUAUGAAUAUGUUCCCCAUGGUUCUCUACUUGAAUACAUAGCUGGAAGGAGAAGGAAAACUUUAACUUGGAGGCAAAGAGUAAACAUAGCCAUUGGAGCAGCAAAAGGCAUAGCUCAUCUUCAUGAAGGCGUCCGCCCGAGCAUAAUUCACAGGGACAUCAAGCCAAGCAACAUAUUGGUGGGCGACCGAUUCGAAGCCAAGGUUUCAGAUUUUGGGUUGGUGAAAUCAGGGCCUGUCGGCGACGAAUCCCAUGUUAGUAGCCAGAUCAAGGGAACACCUGGCUACCUUGAUCCAGCCUACUGCUCCAGCUUUCACUUGACUCCCUUCAGUGAUGUCUAUAGCUUCGGAGUCAUACUCUUGCAACUUGUGGCUGCAAGACCUGCAGUUGAUACCUCAAGGCCACAAUCUCAAUGCCAUAUCAUUGAUUGGGCAAGGCCUAGCAUAGAGAAAGGUAUUGUAGAAGAGAUAGUAGAUGGCAAUUUGCCACUGGAAGCAUGCAACAUGGAGAUGAUGCUCAAGAUGGGUCAAUUAGGCCUCAGAUGUGUCGUCGAUAAGCCUAAGGAUCGACCAACUAUGAGCCAAGUUGUGCAAGAACUAGAGGAGGCAGUAUGUUCCACAUCCUUGUCUCAGAAUCAACUAUCAAGGGGUCCAUGGAGAUCGAAAGCAAGCGAAGAAUCCAAUAGUUUCAGCAUUGAUGGUGUUGGGUUGCAAAGAUUUCAUUUAGAGACAGAUGAUCUGACGAUCCAUAGUGCAAGUAUGAGGUGCCUCGACGUCGAUAGCAUCAGCUCCGACGUCGUCGAGAAGGGUGAGUUAGCAGGGAUUUAUGAGGAAGAAACUGAUGGAAUCUGUGCGAGUACAACAACCGGCUGAUUGUUAUUGUAAGAAGAACACUGCCAAACUACUUAAAACUUUUAUCAUUUCAUAUUUACAGUCUAUAUGUAUAUGAGUAGACAUUCCUUCCGCAUACUUGUUAGGAGCUUUGAGAGCAAGGACUGAAAAACUUGGCUUCUAAAAAAGUUGAGCUCCAAAUAACAACAAAAUGGUUUAAAGGUUAA